AGCAAAAUUCCAGUAAUGCUGUUUUAACCCUUUCACCCUAUUAGUAUUUUAAAGCAAUGCAUCCUGCUUCUUUUUCGAGAUUGUGCUUUCUUCUUUUCUUUAUAAUCGUUAUCCGUUACUCUCACUGAGUAUUUGCACCCACAUUGAACAUGGCUGAGGCUGCACAAUCUAAUGCUGAGUUGUUGGAAUGGCCGAAAAAAGAUAAGCGCCGCAUCCUGCAUGCUGUUUACCGUGUUGGUGAUCUUGAUCGCACCAUCAAGUUUUAUACUGAAUGUUUUGGAAUGAAGCUUUUGAGGAAAAGAGAUGUUCCGGAAGAGAAAUAUGCCAAUGCUUUUCUUGGAUUUGGCUCCGAACAAACCCAUUUUGUUGUGGAAUUAACUUAUAAUUAUGGGGUGUCCUCAUAUGAUAUUGGAACUGGCUUUGGACAUUUUGCCAUCGCAACUCCAGAUGUCUACAAAUUGGUUGAAGACAUCCGGGCUAAGGGUGGAAAAGUCACUAGGGAGCCUGGCCCAGUUAGUGGUGGGACAACUGUUAUUGCCUUUGUGACGGAUCCUGAUGGUUAUGCUUUUGAAAUUCUCCAAAGAGCUUCAACCCCUGAGCCAUUAUGCCAAGUAAUGCUUCGUGUUGGUGACUUAGAGCGCUCAAUUAAGUUUUAUGAAAAGGCUUUGGGUUUGAAGCUGGUGAAGAAGGUUGAUAGACCUCAAUACAAGUACACUUUAGCUAUGCUUGGGUAUGCAGAGGAGCACGAGACAGUUGUGUUGGAGCUGACAUAUAACUAUGGUGUCACUGAAUACACCAAGGGAAAUGCUUAUGCCCAGAUUGCUAUUGGCACUGAUGAUGUAUACAAGAGUGCUGAAGUAGUCAAAACAGUCAUUCAAGAGCUUGGAGGGAAGAUUACCAGGGAACCAGGGCCAAUUCCUGGCCUCAACACAAAGAUCACUUCUUUCUUAGAUCCAGAUGGAUGGAAAACUGUGUUGGUUGACAAUCAAGAUUUUCUGAAGGAACUGGAAUGAAGAAGCUUUCCACGAAUUAUGAGUGUUGCUGCUAUUUUAUAAUAAGUUGUCUGUCUUGAUGAUUGAAGAUCAGCAUGUAUGUUAUCUCAGUAUAAUAGUCUUCAGUAUGGCUUUUAUGAUAUGUCUAUGUUAUCGACUCAAAUUGUAGUUGAAACUUUCAUUUGCUGAGUGUUUGACGAUGUUUAGCUGCAGUUGGAGAAUUGAUUAUGAUGCAUUACAACAAAAUCAAAAUCAAUCCCAGACAAAGUGAUCCUAUAUUUUUUGCCUUACACAUAAAAUAUGAACUGAUAAUGACUUUCUCUAGUUUUCAA